ACUAUUUUCUUUAUACGCAAGGAGAGGUCCCCUACAGCUCUGAUCCCUAACGUAUGCGGAUACGGGCAUUCAUUUCUGGAAGCGCAUACGAUAUGGGAACCUGAUGUGAAGGGCUCAGCUUCCCACCAACGCAUUAUACUGUACAAUUUCGGCGGGUUGAAGUUCCUGGUGCGCUCUGAAAGUGAUGGUUAUCUAAAGCAGGCAGACGUUCCAAGAUCGAAGGAAAACCUGGAGAAGGCACAAGAGAAUAGCGGAACAGAUAACUGUACCUUGCUUGAGGCCCUGAGAGUCACCAGGGGACUCUCAUCUACUGUCGGGCCACUUCACAUCGAGAUGGGAGGCCGGCGAAUUUCACAAAAUGCCAUCUUCUACUUGAAGACACGCGCUAAGGAGACACGUCAACCGAUAGACAUGGACGAGGUAUAUCGGAGACUCUGGGUAAAUCAAACGUCGUACUUCAUAUUUGCUGAGCAUUUGAGGGGCUCUUUUGAACCACGAAAUAUACAAGAAGUGUCUAUCUCUGACGGGAUAUCGAAGUGGGAGAAGGAUAGUGAGGCGUUAUUGAAGCAUUAUCAAGCUACUGUGAUGGAAAUUAUUGCGGCAACAAGGAGCUCGGCCACUGGGAAGCUCCAAGUCAUUCAGCGAGGGCCGCGGGGCAGUGGGUCAUUGAAAGGUCAAGAAAGGUUUGCCGGAGAUAAUACUGAUGUCCUUUCCCGCGAUCUUCGCAGCAAGUGGUAA